AUUGUCUCAGAAUCUGGUUCCUAUGGACCAACGAUCCUUAUCUGGCGGCUGCAUUGUUUGGGGAAUACUGGGCUCCCCAGAUCCGGAGGCCUUAGGAUCAGGGCCGAGUCACCUUGGGGUCAUUGUCGCCUCCUCCCGGGACUAGCCACUGUCGGUGCCAGAGAGUUUCCACUUUCCCCAUCCGGGCGUCCCUCGGCCCAGGUCUCCCGCCCUCUCACUGGCUAAUCUCUGGCUGGUUCACGAGGGAUCUCCUCCGUUCUCGGUGUGCUUGGCCGGGCUCCAGCAUUCGCUGAUGGGAAGUUAACUUUCUAGCCCAAGCCCUGCUCGUGUGGCAUCUGCCACCCUCGGCUGGCUCGGCAGCCGGAGCUGGGGAGAGAAAUCAAGGCAGGGCAGCAGCAUGGGAAGGUCCUUGGCCAGCCCUGCUCCCCUCGGCUGGUCCAAUAAGGAAGGGGUGUGGUAGGGUAUUUAAACAUCGUUGCAUAGCCGGGAUGAAAGGUAUUUGUUGCUCAGCCUCCCUGGCCCGCUGAGGAACUCCCCGAGGGAUUAGCCGGGAGCAGACCUUGGCAGGGGACGGGCCGGCCUCCACAUGGGGGAGAACCGCAAGGGAGCCCACUGGGCCCUGCUGAACCCGGGAGAAGACAACGAGCUGGAGGUGUUUGGCUACCAGACCCAGACCCGGCGGAAAGUCCUUUGCCUGCUGGGCUCCAUCCUGUCCCUGGGUCUCCUGAGCCUCCUUUUCUACUGGCGCCCGCAGUGGAAUGUGUGGGCACACUGUGUGCCCUGUCCCUUGCAAGAAGCCGACGUGGUGCUGCUUCGGACGACGGAUGAAUUUCAGAAAUACACGAGGAAGAAAGUGAUCUGCCUGUACUUGUCUGUUCUGAAGAACCCCAUAAACCCCAAGUCGGGAGAGACGAUUGUUGCGGAUGGCCAUUCGGUCAUAAACAGAGCCGUGCUAAAGCCAGAGCUGAAAGUGCGGUAUAUCCAGGUGCAGAAAAUCAGGUAUAUUUGGGACAAUGUGGAAGAACAAUUCCAAAAAGUUGGACUUCUGGAGGACAGUAACUCCUGCUCCGACAUCCAUCGCACAUUUGGAUCUGGACUGAGUAAGGAAGAACAAGAGAUCAGGAGAUUCAUUUGUGGACCUAAUGCCAUCGAAGUUGAAAUUCAACCUAUUUGGAAGCUACUCAUUAAACAGGUUCUGAACCCGUUUUAUGUGUUCCAAGCAUUUACUCUGACUCUGUGGCUGUCUCAAGGCUAUAUCGAAUAUUCCGUAGCCAUCAUCAUUCUGACCCUCAUCUCCAUUGUCUUAAGCGUCUACGAUCUCCGGCAGCAAUCGGUCAAUCUGCACAACCUCGUGGAGGACCACAACAAGAUCCAGGCCACGAUCCACACCAAGGAGGAGGGUCUGCAGGAACUCGAGUCCCGUCUCUUGGUACCCGGAGAUAUCCUCGUUCUGCAGGGCAAGUUUUCCUUACCGUGUGACGCUGUCUUGAUUGAUGGAAGCUGCAUCGUCAACGAGGGGAUGCUGACAGGGGAGAGCAUCCCAGUCACCAAGACACCAUUGCCCCGGGUGGAGAGCACCCUGCCUUGGAAGUCGCACAGCCUGGAGGAUUACCGGCGCCACGUCCUCUUCUGCGGGACUGAAGUCAUCCAGACCAAGCAGGCAGGCCCGGGCCCCGUCCGGGCAGUUGUCCUCCAAACAGGUUUCAACACUGCCAAAGGUGACUUGGUGAGAUCCAUCCUCUACCCGAGACCCCUCAAUUUCAAACUCUAUAAUGACGCCUUCAAGUUCAUCGUCUUUCUCGCUUUUCUGGGCGUUGUAGGCUUCUUCUACUCCUUUGGUGUCUACAUGUACCAUGGGACUUCCGCCAGAGACACCGUGACGAUGUCAUUGCUCCUUCUCACUGUCUCGGUUCCUCCCGUGUUGCCAGCGGCCUUGACCACAGGGAUUUUUUAUGCUCAGAAGAGGCUGAAGAGAAAGAAAAUCUUCUGCAUCUCCCCACAGAGAAUCAACAUGUGUGGCCAAAUCAACCUUGUUUGUUUUGACAAAACGGGGACGCUGACGGAAGACGGCCUUGAUCUCUGGGGAGCUGUUCCCGUGAUGGGAAACUGUUUCCAGAAGAUCCACAGCUUCACUUCUGGCAGCGCUCUGCCCUGGGGACCCCUCUGUGGAGCCAUGGCCAGCUGCCACUCCCUCAUCGUUCUGGACGGGACCAUCCAAGGAGACCCUCUGGAUGUCAAGAUGUUUGAAGGCACCAGCUGGGUCAUUGAAGAUUCCUGUGUGGAUUACAGCGAUUCUGGGAUUCCAGCUUCCAGCGUCAUCAUUAAGCCGGGCCCCGCAGCAAGCCAAACUCCAGCAAGAGCUAUCGCCAUUUUGCAUCAGUUUCCAUUCUCUUCUGGCCUGCAGAGGAUGUCGGUGAUUACCCAAGAGAUCGGCAAAGACCACUUUGAUGCAUAUAUGAAGGGAGCCCCAGAGAUGGUUGCCAGUUUCUGCAGGCCUGAAACAGUUCCCCCAAAUUUCAAGAAGGAGCUGAAGCUUUACACCAUGCAAGGUUUCCGGGUCAUUGCCCUUGCUCACAAACCUCUAAAGGCAGGGGGGCAUCUAGAGAUGGGCACUUAUUCCAGGGAGGAAGUCGAGUCCGAGUUAACGUUUCUAGGCCUUCUGAUCAUGGAAAACCGCUUGAAAAAAGAGACCAAGCCGGUCUUGAGAGAGCUGAGCAGCGCUAGGAUCCGCACAGUCAUGAUCACAGGGGACAACCUUCAGACGGCCAUUACAGUUGCAAAAAAUUCUGAAAUGAUUCCUCAAGGUAAUAAGGUGAUUCUUAUUGAGGCCAGUGAACCCGAAGGGUACUCACCUGCAUCUGUGACCUGGCAGCUGUUGGAGAACAAAGAGGAGGGGCACGGGAGUAAGGAGAUCCGCCUCCACGUCCAAGACGCCUCCUUGGCGGAGGCUGGCCAAGGGGACGAUUACCACUUUGCCAUGACUGGGAAAUCUUACCAAGUGAUCACUCAGCAUUUCAGCAACUUGCUUCCCAAAAUUCUGGUGAAUGGAGCCAUUUUUGCCAGGAUGUCUCCCGGGCAGAAAUCAAGCCUGGUGGAAGAAUUCCAGAAAUUAAAUUACUACGUCGCCAUGUGUGGUGAUGGAGCGAAUGAUUGUGGGGCUUUGAAAAUGGCUCAUGCUGGCAUCUCACUGUCUGAGCAGGAGGCAUCUGUGGCUUCCCCCUUCACCUCAAAAACAGCCAACAUAGAAUGUGUGCCCCACCUGAUCAGGGAAGGACGAGCUGCUUUGGUUUCUUCCUUUGGAGUGUUUAAAUACCUAACCAUGUAUGGAAUGAUUCAAUUAAUUGGCACAUCGCUGCUUUAUUGGCAAUUGCAGCUUUUUGGGAACUACCAGUACCUCAUGCAGGAUGUGGCGAUCACACUGAUGGUCUGUCUAACAAUGAGCUCCACUCAUGCGUACCCCAAGCUGGCUCCAUACCGACCUGCUGGACAGCUCAUCUCACCCCCCCUGCUGCUCUCUGUCUUUCUGAACACCUGUUUUUCCGGCAUUGCACAGAUCUGGGCUUUCUUCUUUGUCAAGCAGCAGCCUUGGUAUUGUGAGGUCCAUCGGUACAGCGGGUGCUACAUGGUCAACAGAAGCGAUCCCUUUUCCAAUGCUACUGGAGACAGUGACUUGAUGAUGGGGAAUGGGACUCUGACCUCAAAUCCCGUCCUGAGUUUUGAGAGUACCAGUCUGUGGCCCAUUACCACAUUCAACUGCAUCAUUGUGGCCUUCAUCUUCUCAAAGGGGAAGCCGUUCCGAAAGCCUGUCUACACCAACUAUUUAUUUUCCUUCCUACUGAUCUCUGCCCUUGGUGUGACUUUUUUCAUUAUAUUUGCUGACAUCCCAGUGAUAUACAAUGGAAUGGAGCUCAUCCCAACAAUCACAACAUGGAGGAUUUCAGUUCUUGCAGCAUCGUUCGUCCAGUUCUGUGUGGCAUUUUUUGUGGAGGUGAGCCCAGGAUCUGGGGGAGAAAACAAAUAUCGGAGAUAUAAGACUUUUCCCCCCCCAGCUUUCAACUAUGCUGUGUUCUAGUGGAAGGAGUUCCCUUAAGGUCUGCAUGGGUCCAGUGAAAUUUCAGGUUAAGGGAACAGAUGCUCCUCUUGAGAAUCUCAAGAGUAACUUUAAUUCAUUUAGUAAAAUUUUGUUAA